AUGACCUCCACUACUUUGCGCGCCAUCACGCAUCGCCUGAUCACCACUCCGGUUGAGCAAUUACCUUCGAUAGCGUCGUUUCUUGCGACUUCCUUGAGCGAUUGCGCCGAGCUACUCUCUGCGCCUCAAGCUCAGAAAGCGGGAAAGUCAGACUCCGAUACCACUAUCCAGAUCCACAAGUUGAAGACUCGACUGGCCAGUCUGCUGCAAGACCGCAGUGUCGAAGGAAGAUGGACCGCCGUUGUUUUGGUGAAAGCUGCUGUUGAAGCUGGUCAGUGGGAAAUUCUGCGCGGCUAUGAGCCUAUUGUUCGCAGCUUGAUCAGCAUUCUGGCGAAACCCGAUCCAAUCUCCACGAGGAAGAUGUGUAUUAUUACACUGACACGGAUUUUCCACCUCACAUACCAGUACCCAACCCUCGUUCGAGAGAUUACAACCCCGCAACUGCCAGGUUUUAUUACCGCCGCAUUGAACCUGGUCUCUACCAUCACGAAGACUCCUUCGGGCUCAAUCCGAAAGCCGAAGCCUAACACUCCAUUUAUGGAAAUUGUUUUGCACGCCUUGCUGGAAUUGAUCCCAAGACACAUUACCAUCUUCCGUCCAUUUGGUUCCCAGCUCCGAACUCUUCUCACUGAAGUCAUUGGCUCCUCUUCGCCUGCGUAUUUCCCUGAUCAUGUGGUUGAUGCAGCCGAGCAACUGCUUGUUUCUCUCCACAAGUGUGCACCCAAGGACCAGGCAGGCUCUGGGUGGAAAGAUGAUUGCAAGUCGACAAUCUUGUCCAUUCACCGAACCAUAGACCACGUUUUCCGAGCUGUCGUCGAGCAGUGGGAGUCUGUUGAUGGAGCUCUGGGACACGCACGGCCGAACUGCAGCGAAGAAGUGGGUGACCAAGGUCCCGAUGGUCUUGGACUUCCAGGCUGGAACGGACUUCACUCGGGUGUGGAUAGAUUGAUUGCACUCCUGAAGAUCCUCUCGGGUUUCAUCUCGAUGCCAUCUGCCGCUGCGGUUGCUCUUCCAUUGGGCUCUAUCCUCGAUUUGACUUCCCGGCUUACUUCUGUGACUGUCCCACCCAAUGGUGCCGCUUCAUCUCAGUCUGGCAUUCAGUUCAACCAAGAAAUUAGCCGCGAUGAGCGAGAGGCACUUUGGAUGGAGUUGCCUCGUAUUCACAUUGCCUGCAUGGACUUGCUUUCCAGGCUCAUUACUGUGUUGGAGACCAGCGCAACCUCCGUAACACAGACUAUUCUAGAGCAGGCAGUCUGGACUUUCAAGGGCGAAAGCUUCAACAGAGACCUGCGUUCGGCCGUCUAUGGUUUGCUUCGUACUCUGGUGCCGGUGAACGGGCCUGCAAUGACGAAACAGAGCGUGGUGUCCCUGAACAAUGUUCUACGCUCUUGCUGUCAUGAUUUACUGCCACCUAAUGAAGAGUCUAAGUCGACGGGCUCUGACCCCAAGGCAAAGGCAAAGGGCGGACAAGGUACAUCCAACGCGGAUGCCUUUUUGAACCCCAAUCUGCAAAAGUCUACCCAGGCACAAAUUGCUUCGUCGUUUUUGGACCUCCAGCAAAAGGCUUCCGGACUUCUGCAGGCCGUGUUUGUCUCUAUUCCUGCUGAACUUGUUCCACCUUCCAUCAGGGCCGAGCUGGAUCGCACUAUCAUUUUGACAUCCGACAAGGAUGCGAUGCUUGCUAGUGUGCUCAACCCCGUCCCGGCAGUCAAGGGCCGUGGAGCAGGCUCAAGCAUCAUUCCAUUCUUGGCUAGACCUUUUGCUGAUCAGAUGGAAGUGGAGGCUCUGAUUCGUCCUAGAAUGCCAGUUCUGAUGACUGCACCCGAGCUUGAUGCUUAUGUUGAUGAAGACGAAGAAGCAGAAGACGAGGAGAUGGCUGAUGAUACCUACACUGCCGCCCCAAAAACUGCCGAGUUCUUGAAGCAACCAGUCUCGGCACCUUUGCCUGUACCGCAGGAGGUCCAGUCGAAGGUCGCAGCCCCGGUGCCUACUUUCCACAAGCGGACUUUCACUGAGGAAACCACGACCCAGGAGCCAGCACAACAGAAGCAGGAGGUGCAAGCCAAGAAGGCGCGAUUUGAUGAAAUCAUCUCAAGCGCCUCGAGCCAGCAACCUUUCUCUCAGCCAGCCCCUACAAUCACCCAGGCUGAAGCCCCAAAGGUUUCAACUGCGUCCACGACCGCUACCACCCUGACCUCACAGGCCCCAGCGGAAGCUGAUGAUGACAGCGAUGACGAAUUGCCCACCCUGAACAUGGAUUCUGACACCGAUGAGGAGGAUGACGAUGUCACAAUGGAAGGAUAG